GUCGCUGAAUGACACGCGUUUACACCAAUCGUAAUCCAGCAUACAGGACAUCCAUGUAAAUCCGCUGGGAAACGAGCGUGAAGACUCCAUACACGCAAACUUUAGUGAGCGAGGUGUUUUGAUAAAUGCGUCUACUCGAGGUUACUCCAAGGAACAUUUCCCCCAUCGCUCAGACAGAAAACCAAUAGAAAAGCGUUUUCUCGACGUAAUGAAACGCCCCCUCCCGCGACGACAUAACGGACCCGAACACGAGUUGUAGGUGUACGACGUUCAGCCGAUGAUACUACGACCACAUUUGGCGCGCUUGAGAUGUUGGCGUUCGGGUUUUAAUCGAACAGCGUUCAAUCGAACGGCGUUUUAUCGAUUCGCUGUUUCAGCACCUGGACAGCUCCCAUUGCGCUCUAACCCACAUUGAAUCCGAUGGAGAUCGACUCCCUGGCGUGAUUUGAAGAGGGAAGCCCUAUGUAAGCCGAGCAGGCGCGAUACACACAGCACACACACGAUGCACACCUCCAGUCUCAAGCACGAUGCCUUUCUUUGGAUGCUUGGAUAGUGGCGGACUCCUUUUAUCAUCUCGCUGAGCGAUGAUGCUCGUGUUACGGUUCGGUCUCGCUCGUCGUGCGCUUUAUUCGCGAAAGAAGCAGCAAAACGGAUGUUUGACCACUGCAAGGGUUGAAGCCUCCACGCAUCGAGCCCUCACUGGCAAGGGAGACGUUAUCCUAAUCAGGAGCGCCAGGGAGACAUAAUUAAAGUUUCAACGAUGUAAAUCGAUAAAGGUUUGGUAUUAGUGAAGUCGCCAGUCACUAGCACAUCCAGAGCUCCCAUCUGAGAGACGAGAAAGAGGAAGUCCAUUCAGCUUUAGCUGCAUACCACACCAUGAGCCAACCACAGCCCCCUCAGCAGGCGGCAGCUCCAGAUCUGGAGGUGAUCUCCCAGCAGGUGGACGAUGAGGGCCAGUGCAUGGCUCCAGUACAGCUGGUCAGCUUCGCCUACAGGGACCUUCCACUAGCUGCCCUGGACCUCUCGCUGGCCGGAUCUCAGCUGCUUUCCAAUUUGGAUGAAGAUGAGAACCAAGACGGAUCUAAUUGGCUGAAGCCAUGCUGUGGGCGGAGAGCGGCGUUGUGGCAGGUCUGUUUGUUGAGCGUGGGCUUUAACUGUUUCCUGGUGGCCUGUGUCAUCCUAGUGGUGCUUUUAUUGACUCUGGAACUGCUCAUCGAUACCAAGGUCCUACAAUUCAAUAAUGCAUUCCAGUUCGCCUGUAUCAUUCACUGGAUCAGCCUGGUCAUCCUGUCCGUAUUCUUCACUGAGACUGUCUUUAGGAUUGUGGUGCUCGGGAUAUGGGAUUAUAUAGAGAACAAAGUUGAGGUGUUUGAUGGUGCUGUGAUUGUACUCUCUUUGGCCCCAAUGGUGGCCUCAACCGUGGCCAACGGCCCCAGCAGCCCGUGGGACGCCAUCAGCCUCAUUAUCACUCUCCGCAUCUGGAGAGUCAAGAGAAUCAUUGACGCGUACGUUCUGCAGGUGAAGGUGGAGAUGGAGUUGGAGAUCCAGCAGUACGAGAAGACCAAAGCUGUGAGGGAGGAACAGCUGGAGAGACUCACACAGAUCUGUCAGGAACAGGCCUUUGAGAUCAGGCAGUUGAGAGCUCACCUGGCGCAGCAGGAUUUGGAUCUGGCCGCCGAGAGAGAGGCCGCCAUGCAGAUCCACCAUGUGUGGGGGAAGCAAAGCACCUUCCAGGAAAUAGACGGCCUCGGGCCCGCUGGAUCUGACACAGAGUGCAGGGCCAAUACCAGAGAACCCAGACCACCUCCAGCGAGUGUCGUUCAGGAUGAUAUGAACAACUACAUCAGUCAGUAUUACAGCGAGCCAAGUAGUGACAUCGGAGUACCCAAUCCUGGUGCACGCGUCAUUACCAUGGCAGCCAUCGACGUCCACCUUCCCACCAACCCCAACCAGUUGCCGCCUUCUCUCGUCAGCGCAGAUGGCCCAGGCAGCGGCCAGGACCGCACAUUGAGCGAAGCAUCCAGCACGACCAUGUCCCGGUCCAGCUGUAGCUUCACGGCCCGGCAGCACAGCAUCAGCAGCCACACCUUGGGGUCCACCACUGACUGCAGCUCUACCGUACGGGAGGCCUCCACCUCCGACUACAGCGGCCAGCACUGCAGCCCUCCUCCCUACUGCAGCCCUCUGGCCCUGGGGAUGCAGCCCGGGGUCCACGACCCCAGCGCGGUGGUCAAAGAGCUGCUGUCCUCCUUGUCUGAGGAUUCCUGCCUGGCACAGAAAGGCAGGGUAGACCCCGUCAACCUUAAGUUGCCCAGUCCUGCGGGCUCGGUGAAAGCCAGCCCAGAACUGGAGCACAGGGUGAAAAUAUACAACAAGAGGAACCAGGAACGUCUGGGUGUAUUCCAGACAAAGCCACUUAUUCACCUACAGGGGACCGAGCCAUCGCUGGAGGAGAAGUACAGGCUAAUGGAGCCCGCCGAUACACCACUGAGCCAUAUACCGGACAUAUAGAGCGUGAGUGUGGGACAGUGACCACCAACACCAGCUGAAGCAGCAAAUCUCUCUCUCUCACUCUCUUUAUCAAUUGCUUUGUCAUUGGCUGUGUCCGAAACCUUUAGAAUUAGUGCCACCUGUUUCCAAACAGGCAUCAAUGCAAGUCUUAAAUGAAAAGUUCACCUCAAAAUCAAAAUGGUGUUAUUUUUUACUCGCCCACAUGACGUUCAACAUGUUUUAAGACCUCCCGGCGUCUUCGGAACACAAAUAAAGAUAUUUUAGGGACAUCCGAGAGAUUUCAAGGCCUCCUCAGAAACAUCAUGGUUAUAGUUGUUGUCAAGGUGCAGAAAAGUACUAAAGACAUGGUUAAAUUGGUCCAUCCGCUCAUAGUGGCUGAAUUAGUUUGAAGCGACGAGAAUACUCUAUGUGCGAAAAACAAACCAAAAUAACGAGUUUAAUUGAUAUAUUCUCUUAGUUCACCCAAAAAUGAAAUUAACAACAAUUUACUCACCCCCAAGCCAUGCUAGUGUAUAUGACUUCAUUUUCAGCCAAACACAAUCAGAGUAAUAUUAAAUAAACAAACAAUUUGUUAAUUAAAACAAUAUUUUGUGCUUUUUUACAUCACAUUUGAAUGUCAACAUUACGCUCAAUAACAGUACACUCAAUAUGCCAUCACAUUGAUAAGUUUGAGUAACAUUUGGUUAGAAGCAACCAUAUAAUGACUAGUCACGAGACCAACCAAUGAGAUUCAAAGUUAUCAAUGUGGAGCCGGCGAUUCGCCAUAUUCUUUAGUCAUUUUGACAUUCAUGACAUAUCAAUCGUAUCAACGUGCUCGGAGCUGUCAUUAAAUAAUUGCUAUAUUAUCAACACAAAACGUUAUUUGGUUUAAUUAAAAGAAUUGAUGUUCAAAACCGUCCCCUUAUCCUACUUUUAAAUCGAGCUGUACGAUUUUAGGAAUAUUGUCAGUUUGACGUCAUGUACGCAAAGUAACCUGCAAUUUUCUGUUUUAAACAUAGAUGGCGAUAUAGAGACAAAUAUAACGGAUUGCAGCUUUAAUUUUGUCAUAGUUUAGGGGAUUUCAAUCUUACAGACCCAAGAUCCCCCAACAUGAAAAGAUCGUUUUUCUCGUUACAACAAAUGCACGCUAGAAAGUUUCGCAAUAAACAGAUUCAAGAGUCGACUUUGCUAUUACAACCUGAACUGGUGCUGCGCAGUUAAUCAAACAAAUGUGAAGAUGUAUAUAACAGGGUAUAUAUUCAUACCCAGCAACUAUUUCCCCAAAACUAGUCUAGCUGAAAAAGCAUUUCCACGUCAAUGUUUCAGAUUGCAAUCUCUGUAAAAUGUACCUAAAUACAAAAAAAAAACGGUUUGUCAAGUGACUAAAUGAGCAACAAGACGACUGCCUUUGGUUUCAGACAUAGCCAAUCCGUCUCUCUUAUGUCUCAGAAGGCACUACUUACACUCUCCAGGUUUCAUGCUGUCAGAACAGGGCACAGGAAGUGACACGGGAGGCAACGCCCCAGCUACCCACCUCAUCCGUCGCUCCUCCUUACAGGUGCACAUUUCUCUCUCCAAAUCUGCAAGAGCACUUGAACUGUCACUCCUGCCAAAAUUGCACAACCUUCCUUGGAGUCAAGGAGAGGUACUUCGGGAGUCAUCAUCGGAAGAUUCUUCAGGAAUUUCAGUGUGUCCGUUGGGCGUGUACGAAACCAGCGCAGACGCACUCGAUUUUUUGGACCGCAGACCAAUAUAGGAGUGCGGGCUGGAGGACGUCGUUUUGUUUUCGUUGCGAUUUUUAUCCGUCAAUUUGUUUCAAAUUGUUUGUACGAAAUGCAACAGACACCAAUGUACAGUACUUCUCCCCCAAUGCUGCAGGGUUUUACAUUUGAUCCACGUUCAAAUGUGUGAAGCUGUGUGACUCAGCCAAAUUUCUUACCUUUGCCUUUCUUACAUUACUGAUGCUGAUGUUUGUAUUCAAAUUCUAUGCGAGGAAAAAAGUGCUAAACUCAAGUAUUUUUAAAACGCGGAAAGCGACGGGCGAACAUUUCAGGUAUACAGUAUUAGAAGAUUUUUAUGAGACAUUAUGGUUAGAAUGUUGGCAUACCCCCAACCCCCAUCCCAACAGCAUGAACAGAUCUAUAUGCUUUCUGACUGAGGCAAACUAAUCCUGUUAUUGAUGAGUGAUUUUAUAAACUGAUGAUGGAAGCGAUUGUCAAGCAAUUAAAAAUUGGUUAUGUCCAA